ACUACACGGGGAAGGGGCACCACWUUUUAUAUAGGUGGGUCAUUGCCCCCCUGAUGCGUCCUCCUGGUGGCGCCCCUGUGUGAAACAAGUAGAAAUGCUGCCCUCUAGCGGCUGCGCAGCGGCGGGAGGUCUGAGCGCGCGGACAGGCGGGGCUUCUCGGCGAUUGGAGGGGAACGAGAAGACCGUUUACUCUGACCGAGAUAGACGCUUGGAGCAAAGGAAAGCUCACUGAAAGUACCGAAGUUCAUCUUAGAAGUCAUCCAGGAUCGAGUUUAUGUUCUGAGAAACCCAUAAAUCCGAGUCAAACUUUGGUUGGAAGAAGAAUUUGAUCAGAAAACUCGAACGGACUCUGGUGGUCAAGUGUUCCCCCUCCUCCUCCUCCUCCAGUCCAGCACUCAGUUGUGGACAUCUGGAGCGAUGUUUGACAAGCCGCACUACGACAGCCCGCCCGUCUACACCCCUCCAUCCAACAACGGCUUUGGUCCCGUGGGCAGCUUCCACGGCCCCCAMAGCGACUACAACGCGUACCCGCCUCCGCCGGGGUCCUACUACAUCGAGGACAAACCGCAGCACUUCUACAAAUGGCUGUCGCCUCCCGGGAUCAUCAAGGCCAUGAUGGCGACGGUCAUCGUUCUGUGCGUGGCCAUAUUCGCCUGCGUGGCUUCAACGCUCAUGUGGGAGUUCCAGUAUGGAUACGGGAUGGGAGGGGGCUACUACGGUUCUGGUAUGGGUUAYGGCAGUGGGUACAUGGGAGGAAGCUACGGCUCGAGCUACGGCUCAGGCUAYGGAGGAGGUUACGGAGGCUACGGAAACUACUACGGCAAUUACGUUUCUCCUUACUCGGCCAAAACCGCCAUGAUCGCCAUGGCUGCUAUUAACUUCAUCGCAGCGCUGUCCUUUUUCAUCGCCAGCUUCUCAAAGUCUAAGCUCACCCGCAGCAGGAAGUUCUUCCUGGCCCUCCUUAUAAGCAGCAUUAUAAUGGCUAUCCUGCAGGGAAUCAUAAACAUCGUGUACAUUGUCGGAGUGAACCCCAUGGCUCAGAGCUCUUCUAACAUCAUGUACAACCCGAUGCUCAUGAUGUGUCAGAACCUUUACCAGACUGGCUACUCCCAGAUGGGAGGGGUGGGAGGAUUCCCCAUAUACAACCAGUACCUCUACCAUUACUGCUUCGUGGACCCACAGGAGGGGGUUGCCAUGGUGUGUGGAUUCCUGGUUGUCAUCGCUUUGGGGGUCACUGGUUUCUUUGCACAAAAAACAAGAGGGAAGAUCUGGCGCUACGGAAAACCAAACAUCUACUGGGAUGAGCCUCUCGUUGGUGGGAAGGCCUCAGAGGGCAGAGAUGUAGAGGACUGGGUGAACAAUGUGGAGGAAAGCCGCAGCAUUCAGGACGCGCCGACCCUGCUGGUGUCAGAGAAGGGAGGGGGGCUGCUCAACGCCUCAGCAAACAGCGUCGCCUCCUACCCCCCAGCUAAGGUGGACAGCAGCUCCUAUAACGGGGACGACAACCAGUAUUCAGAAAGAACAACCAGCCGGCCAUCUGAAGCAUUCUCCCACGGCAGGACCAGCUCGAGCCCUUCAGAGGAAACAGGUGGAGGCCGCAGACCCGCCGCCAACAGGGGCAAGAGGCGCAAGCGUAACCCAGAACUGGACGAGUCUCAGUAUGAGACAGAAUACACCACAGGAGGAGAGACCGGUAACGAGCUGGACCUGGAAGAAUGGGAAAGAAUUUACCCAGCAAUAACAUCGGACGCUCAGCGACACGAAUAUAAGAGAGAGUUUGACGCAGACCUACGGGAGUACAAGCGCCUGUGUGCCGAGAUGGACGACAUCAACGAUCGUCUGAACAARCUMAGCCGGCAGCUGGACACCAUCGAUGACACCUCGGCCAAAUACCAGAUCAUUGCAGAGGAAUAUAAUCAAUUGAAGGAUCUGAAACAGACCCCAGAUUACCAGUCGAAGAAGAAAGAGUGCCGCCGACUGAGGCACAAACUUUUCCACAUCAAGCGCAUGGUGAAGGACUACGACAAGAAGCACUGAAGGACCCACUGCUCUGUUGGCCUGUUGGUUCACACUGCAACAACCUCAGCCGAGAAAACACUCCAGAGUACUGCAGAGACCGGGACACAUCGAGACCAAAGUUACAACACACACACACACACACAGACAGAGGGAACAGCUUGUUAAACAAAAUAUUUAAUUGUGUUUUCUUUCAUUCUCGAGUCACUCACAUACAUUUACCAGGACACUGAGUUGUAGCCUCUCCGUCUGUUUCUUUUAAAGAGUAACAACAUAUUUUCAGAUCAGAGGCUGCUGGGAGUGAACUCAUCUGAUCCUCAGUCAGCUGAGAUAACACCUUCAUGUUUUAUGGCUGGGUUUGCUCUGCAGCAUUUGUUUUACCUGCUCGGAUAAGAAUAAGGAGGAGCAGCGGUAUCGGUGGAUUGUAGUCAUGAGUGAGAAAUGCAACGAGGAUUGUUUGUCAGUAAAAAAAAACGCAGCUGUGUUAAAACUGUGGCUUGCCCCUUUUUUUUUUUUUUUUACCUUUUUUUACAUCAUCAGUAUUUUCAACUAACUUAACCAUCAGAAAAGUCCUUACUGGUGGAAAAUCUGUACUGUUUUUAUUCUUUUUGUACUGAUCGUCACAAACGUAACGAGACCAAAAAAAAAAAAAAAAAAGAGGAGAAACUGAAUUAUUUUGUGUUGUAGGAUGGAUUUGUACUUUAUAGAGAGAACAAACCUAAAUUCUGUAUAUUGGAGCUUUUAUUAGGAUGUAUAAGUAUUAGUACAUACUAAAGACUUGUUUUUUUUAAUCAGKGUUUGGUCAAAAUCAGCUGCAAAAUCAAAGUCGAAUGAAUUUAAUUUUUUAUCAAAAGCACUCCUCCUUGUAUUGAUUAAUUACAGAAACAUCUGUAAACGAUUAAAUUGUCUAGACACACUAUUGAUUCUCAUUUUUGUAAUUUCAUGAAGUUUUAUUUUAUUGUCAUUUUACCAUUUGUGAGCCAUUUAUUUUUGUAAGAAUUUUAUUUUCUUUGUUGCCGCGAUAAAWCAUUUUUGUAACUGUACACUUUCUUUAAAUUAUGUUGUCUAAAAAGAAUUAAAUUAGCUCAUAAUAAACUUUUUCAAAUUCUCAACGAAA